AUGACUUCCAAACCUGUCGAUGUCCUUCCUGACAAGGAGAUUGAAGAGCAGCGCACUACGGGACAAGAUGAUAUCUAUAUCGAUCCAGAAGCUGAAAAGGCGCUGUUAAGAAAACUUGACAUGUGGAUUGUUCCUCCUGUCAUGCUUUUGUAUCUACUCAGUUUUCUGGAUCGUGUUAAUAUUGGAAAUGCGAGACUUUAUGGUAUGGAGGAGGAUCUGGGGUUGGUGGGCGAUCAGUAUCAACUUGCAGUUUCAGUCUUAUUCGUCACAUAUAUCGCAAGCGAGUUACCAUCCAACCUCGUCAUCAAGAAAUUCACGCCUUCUAGAUGGAUCUCUUUCAUCACCGUUUCAUGGGGCAUCGUGGCUACCCUCACUGGCAUAGUGCACGAUUUCAAGGGUUUAAUCGCCUGUCGUGUUAUCUUGGGUGCUCUCGAAGGUGGCCUUUUCCCUGGUCUUGCCAUCUAUCUCACAAUGUUUUAUACGAAAAAGGAAUACGCCCUCCGAAUCGGCUACCUCUUCGUCAGCGCAGCCAUAGCAGGAUCCCUCGGUGGACUUUUAGCCUACGGCAUCGGCCACAUGGACGGCGUCGCAGGUCUUCGCGGCUGGCGCUGGAUCAUCAUCAUCGAAGGCAUCCCUACAUUCAUUCUUGGAAUAGCAGUUUGGUUCUGGCUCGCAGACGACCCUGACUCGGCACACUAUCUCACCAUCGCCGAACGCGAACUCAUCGAUGCGCGCAUGCGACGACAAGUCGGACACACCAAAUCCUCUAGCCAGAUGCACAAAGAAGAUGUUUACGCUGGUCUCAAAGACUGGAAGAUUUGGCUCUUUUGUAUUGGGCAGUUCGGCGGUGAUACUAUUCUUUAUGGUUACAGCACUUUCUUGCCUACUAUUAUCCGUGGACUGGGUGAUUGGAACACAGCGCAGGUCCAGGCUCUUACUAUUCCUUGUUAUGCAAUCGGCGCUAUCACGUACAUUGUAGUUGCGUGGUUCUCCGACAGAACGCAGCGACGAGCCGUUUUCACAGUUGCCCUUGGUCUUGUGUGUACUGUCGGAUAUGCCAUUCUCGUCAGUACAGCACCAUCUGGGGUAAAGUACUUUGGAUGUUGCCUUGCUGCGAUGGGAUUGUAUGUCAUUGUUGGACUGCCUCUUGCUUGGCUUCCCAGCAACAAUCCUCGCUACGGAAAGCGAACUGUUGCGACAGGGCUGCAGCUUACUAUCGGUAACUCUGCCGGUAUCCCAGCUCCCUUUUUGUACAAAACAUAUGAGGGUCCUCAAUUCAUCAAAGGUCAUGCUGUGUCUAUGGCUUUGGUUGCCAUGUCUUCACUCAUCUAUCUUGCUUUCUGGGCUUGGUUCCGAAGACAGAAUAAGAGGAAGGAUGAGGGUAAGGAGGAUUGGAGAGUCCAAGGGUUGACUGAGGAAGAGGCUGAGGAGUUGGGAGAGCACAACCCGAGAUUCCACUACACUUACUAG